UCCUGUUCAGAGCAAGCCCCUCCCCCUUCCUGCACACCUGCAUAUAAGCACACUGUCGCAUCAGCAACACAGAGCCUCUUGUAUUCCUCUGGAUCCCACUGUGCCUCCAUCUGAACAAAACACUGCUGCCCAUCAUGGCCUCCAGCAUUUCGAUGAGGAGCUUCUCCAUGAGCCGUCAGCCUUCCUUUUCCAGUCGUUCUCUGAUGGACACUGGCCGUGCUCGCUCCCGCGCUUCGGUCUCUUUUGCUGCAGCCAGCCCGCUGAGCCGUUCGGCCUCCAUCGGCCAGGAUCUCAACGGGCCAGUUAGCCUGCAACUGAACGGCCUCCACGGCAACUGCACCAACGAUAAGGAAGCCAUGCAGAGUCUCAACAGCCGUCUGGCCAACUACCUGGACAAGGUGCGUUCACUGGAGCGCUCCAACGCCGACCUGGAGGCAAAGAUCAAGCAGCUGAUGCUUGACCGCAUUCCCAAAGGUCACGACCUUGAUUCCAUGAUGGCUCAAGCUCAUGCUGUUGAGCAAGAGGUGAGGAAGAGGACCUUGGAAAAUGCUCGUCUCAUGUUAGAGAUUGAUAACGCUAAACUGGCUGCUGAUGACUUCAGAAUCAAGUGGGAGACUGAGCUGGUGAUGUGUCAGUCUGUGGAGCGAGACUGUGUCGCUCUGAAAAAGGCCAAGACCGACCACGAGCAGAUCAUCGCCUCCCUGAGGGGGGAUCUGGACAGCCUGAAAGAAGAACUUUACUUUCUCAAGAAAAACCACGAGGAGGAACUGGAGCAGAUGAAGUCUCGUAUUGCCAGAGAUGAGGUGAAUGUGGAGGUGGACUCGGCCACUGGGCCUGAGCUGGGCACCAUUCUGUCUGACCUGCGUUCCCAGUAUGAGGGGAUUGUCAAGAAGAACAAGGACCAAGCAGAGCAGUGGUACCGCAAGAAGCUGGAGACUGUGCAGAACGAGGUGAAGGAGAGCAAUGAGGCUCUGAGAGGAGCUCAGAGUGAGCUGACCGAGAGGCAGCGCUUCCUGCAGACCCUGGAGGUGGAGCUGGAGAGCCUGCACAAACAGAUAGCAGCGCUGGAGGGUAACCUGGGCGAGACAAGUCAGAAAUACUCAUCUGAGAUGGAGCGGCUGCAGGCCACCCUGAGCCAGCUGGAGGACGACCUCUCCCAGCUCAGGCUGGACAUGCAGCGCACCAAGACUGACUACGAGCAGCUCCUCCGCAUCAAGCAGAACCUGGAGAUGGAGAUUGCCACCUAUAGGCGCCUGCUGGAGGGAGAGGAGACAGUCAAAGAAGUUCCUCCUCCACCAAAGAAGGAGCCUGACGUUCGCACCAGGAAGAUUGUGAAGGUGGUGACUCAGACGAUGGUCAACGGCAAAGUGGUGGACGAAUCCAGCGAGGUGGAGCAGAUUGAGGAGACUAAGAAAUAAAGAAAAAGAGGAAGUGAAGAUGAAAAUUAAAACGGAAAGGGAUGUGAAAAGGAAAAAAAGAGAGAGUGAGAGGAGUGUCAGAAUAUUACACACGAGCUGCGGAGCAUCAUUUAUUACUACAAAGAUAUUGUUUUGAAUAGGGAAUUUUGGAGGGUGGGGGCGUUGCUCGACUAUGAAUGCUUUGUGUUUUCAGAGAAAUGUUUUUCCACAGUUGAUUGAAUUGUUUCUGGUGAUAAUGCAACAAACAUGCUGUAUAUGUCCAGUACUGCUGUAGCUCUGCAUGCUUAAGUUAGAGUAGAGACAUGCAUUUGUGUGAGAGCACCCAACUAACUAGUUCCUACUGUCUUACUAAUUAUAUACUGUGUACUUAAACAAGACAUUUAUUUCUUUGUGUGGAAAAGUUUACUUUAGUAAAUAUAACACAUAUGCUUACUUAUUUUACAAGAUUAUUGAAUUGUCUUUGGCUGUUUUUUGUUUGUACUCUGUCUAAAUAAAGUCUCCUUAAUGCCAUUUGUACCCCUCUGUUCUUAUGUAACAAUAAUAAAGUAAUAAACAUGU